UUAUUAGAAUUAAAUUAUGCUUUGUAAUUAAAACCUAAGUGCAAAGUAUGUCCAAAAUAUAAGUGAUUAGGAUUUCAUAAUGAGCAGAUUAAAUUGAAUUAACGGAUGAAACUGAAUAAUUAAAGUUAAAAUUUUGAAUAUUAAAUUUAGUUAAAAUAUAAAUGUAUUCGAUUUCUAUUUAAACCAAUCGGCUACUCGUUCCUACCAUGGCAUCAUCGUUAACUCUAUCCGCGUUCCAAAUUCGAACUUCGCCUCCUUGCUACAACGUGAACGCAGCCAUCGUCGCCUCGCAGAGCUCUAGAGAGGCACCUGAUUUGCGCUUCUCCACGCCCGUUCAGCUGCAGCAGCUCCACGCCCGCCUCAUCAAGUCCGGCCUCCCCCUUUCCUCCUCCUUCCCCAUCUCUCUCACCCGCGUCGCCGCGGUCUGCGCGCUCUCCUCCCCCUCCGACUUCUCCUACGCCCGCCGUGUCUUCCUCUUAUACGGAGACGCCCCUUCCGAGACACUCCUUUUGAACACCCACCUCAAUACCCUCUCUUCCUCCCCAUGCCCCGGCGAAGCCCUCGCACUCUUCUCCCGCCUCUGCUUCGCCGGCGUCCUUCCGGACACUUUUACUUUAUCCUUCGUGCUAAAAGCCUGCUCCCGCUCUCCCCUUUCUCUGCUCCUUGGCCGCGCCGUCCACGCCCUCGUCGAGAAGCUCGGCUUCCGCUCUGACAUUUUUCUCCUUAACACCCUCGUCCACAUGUAUGCCUCCCUCGGUGACACGGCUUCCGCGAGGCUUCUCUUCAAUGUCAUUCCGGCGAAGGACGUGGUCACCUGGAACAUCAUGAUUACACAUCACACGAAGAAAGGCGAAAUGGUGGUCGCACAACAGCUGUUCGACUCAAUGCCAGAGAGGAGCGUCCGGUCAUGGACGGCGAUGAUCGCAGGGUAUGUCCAGUGGAAGAAUCCCAAUGAGGCUCUCCGGUUGUUCCGCGACAUGGAAACCACCGGAAUGCAGCCAAAUGAGGAGACGGUGGUCGCCGUGCUCGCGGCCUGUGCAGACCUCGGAGAGCUGGAUUUGGGGAAACGGAUCCAUGCGUUCGCAAUGCAGUGCUCACUCCACAAGAACAAUGUGCGCGUCUGCAACACGCUGAUCGACAUGUAUGAUCCUUGCGGGUGCCUGCAGCUGGCUCGGCAAGUCUUCGAUGAAAUGGCUGAGCGAACCGUGGUGUCAUGGUCAGCGAUGAUUGGUGGGCAUGCGAUGCACGGGCAAGCCGAGGAAGCAUUGGAGCUCUUUUCCAAGAUGGAGGAAGCUAGCGUUGAGCCAAACGCAGUCACAUUUGUGGGGCUGCUUCACGCCUGCAGCCAUAUAGGCCUGCUGCAGGAGGGGAGGCAGUUCUUCAGGAGCAUGACCCAAGACUAUGGCAUUGUCCCUGAUAUCGAACAUUAUGGCUGCAUGGUUGACCUCCUCAGUCGCGCAGGGCUCCUCGAGGAAGCCAGGGAGUUCAUAAACAAGAUGCCAAUCGAGCCCAACAGUGUGGUCUGGGGAGCACUACUGGGCGGAGCCAAAGUUCAUAAGAAUAUCGAAAUGGGAGAAGAGGCAAUUCACAAUUUGAUGGAAUUGGACCCUCGUAACGAUGGCUAUUAUGUUGUUCUAUCGAACAUAUAUGCCGACGCAGAGCGAUGGGAGGAUGUGGCUAAGAUUCGACGGAUGAUGAAGGAUCGAGGACUGAAGAAGACUCCAGGGUGGAGCACAAUUUCCUUGGACGGAGUGGUGCAUUCGUUCGUAGCUGGUGAGAGUGAUCAUCCACAAAUUGAGGAGAUCCACAGAAGUUUGGAUGAACUGUUGGAGAAGUUGAGGCAUCGGGGUUAUGUUCCUGAUACAUCAGCAGUAUUGCUUGACAUGGAUGAGAAGAACAAGGAACGUGUGCUAUAUCACCAUAGUGAGAAGUUAGCAGCUGCGUAUGGGCUAAUGAACACUGCCAACGGCACACCCAUUAGGAUUAUGAAGAAUCUCAGAGUUUGUAGUGACUGCCACGCUGCUUUGAAAUUGAUAUCUGAGAUUACUAACCGUGAAAUUGUAGUCCGAGACCGAAACAGGUUUCACUCCUUCAGACACGGGUCCUGUUCUUGUAAAGAUUAUUGGUAG